GGUGGCAAGCAUCAGUCAACAAAUCGAUUUCCUCGAUAUCGUUAGAUCAUGAGGAUAUUCAUCUUAGGUUGUGUUGCCUUAGCGGCGCUGGCAUGCGUUAGCUGCCGGGAGCUGCCGCGUGAGAAGCGGGAUGCCGACUCGGAGGUAGCUGCCAGCGGCCACGGGGGGAAAUGGGACAAGGGAGGCGGUCAUGAACACCACGCCCAUCAUCACCACGACCAUGGGGAGAAGGGCCACAAGGGUUACAAGGGACAUCACCACCACGAGCACGGCAAGAAGGGUCAUCAUCAUCAUGAAGGUCACAAAGGUCACCACGACGAACAUGGCGGACAUAAGAAGCACCAUCAUCACGAUGACGGGCACCAUCAUGAACAUCACCACGGCGAGAAGGGACACAAGGGUCACGGUCAUCACGAGGAGGGACACUACCACAAGGGACACUCAACCAAAGGACAUCACGGAGUCCAUAAACACGACGAGUUCAAAAAAGAGAAACAUUUCCAUGACCACCAUCACGACGGAGGACAUCAUGAACACCAUGGCGGCCAUCAUGAGGAGCACGGACACAAGAAGGGCGGCGAAUUCCACAAGGGCCACAAGCACGGCGGACAUCAUCACCAUGAACACGGCAAAAAGGGGCAUCAUGACAAGGGAGGUCAUCACCACGACCAUAAGGGACACCAUGAGGAAGGUGGCCAUCACGAGCAUCAUCAUCAUCAUCAUGAUCAUGGAAAGAAGGGCGGCCAUGAAGAUCACAAGCACUGGGGUUUCAAGAAGGGACACAAAUAAGUGUUACCCCAUAAAUCCCUCCGAAUACUGACUAGGACUAAUUAAUUAGAAUUAAGUUUU